AUGGACGAUCGCCGCUCGAAACGCUCUCGUUUUGAUCAGACCGAGCCGGAAGUGCGACGCCCGUCGCGCUUCGACCGCCGCUCUCGGUCUCCCUCGUCGCGACAGUCCGAAUCGACUCGAGCUCGCAGCCCUCUCAGUCGUGAACCUCGGAGCCCUAGCGCAGACCCUGCGAAGAAGACCGAUCCCGCUGCCGCCGCUGCUGCCGCUGCGGCAAAGAUCAACGCCCAGUUGCAAGCGAAGAAGGGCAUUCAACAUGUCGACGUCCCUCCAAUUCGCUCGACCGCAAGCCCCGUACCAACAUCCGGCUCACCUGCCAGCGGCGACGCAUCUGGAAAGUUGAACGCAGAGAUCUACGUUGCUGAUGGAGACUAUAUCAAGGAUAUUGAGAUUAAUGACUUGCGCAACCGUUACACGCUGACUAAAGGCUCUACUCAGAAGAUGAUCAAAGAAGAAACUGGCGCCGAUGUCACUACGAGAGGAAACUAUUACCCGGAUAAGAGCAUGGCCACCGCCGCGAACCCCCCGCUCUAUCUCCACGUAACGAGCACAAACAAGGAAGGCCUUGAAAAGGCCGUCGCCUUGAUCGACGAUCUCAUGAAGAAAGAGCUCCCCAACUUGGUCGAUGAGCGCCGGUUCCGUCGUCGCGAACCCGAGCAAGUAGAGCGCGAUGAGUACGGUCGUCGCAAAUGGCCCGAGGAGCGCAUCCCUGUCGAUCUCGAACCGAUCCCUGGCUUCAACCUCCGCGCUCAGGUCGUCGGACAAGGCGGUGCCUACGUGAAGCACAUCCAGCAGAAGACUCGCUGCAAGGUUCAAAUCAAAGGUCGUGGCUCUGGUUUCAUGGAGCCCAGUACUGGCAGGGAAAGCGAUGAGCCAAUGUUCUUGCACGUAGCUGGUCCCGACCCGAAUGAUGUCCAGAGUGCAAAGGCCCUGUGUGAGGAUCUACUAGCCAAUGUUCGCGAGCAGUACCAGCGUUUCAAGGAGAACCCACCCCAGCACAGCUACGGCGGUUAUGGCGGCCAGCGCGGAGACCGCUAUCACUACGGCGGAGGUUACGGCGGUGGUGGUGGUGGCGGCGGCGGCGGAUAUGGUAGCAACCAUCACCAGAACUCGCCAUCUACCUCUGCUAGCCCGUCGACCCAAGCCGCAGGUGCUGCUGGCGGUUCGGGAACCGGAACUCCCGACUACAGCGCCCAGUAUGCUCAAUACUACGGAACCGACCCAUAUGCUGCCUACGGCGGUUACCAGAAUUACCUUGCCUACUACCAGUACUACCAGGCGGCUGCUCAGCAGCAGCAGCAACAGCAACAGCAACAGUCCCAGAGCCCCGCUCCGCCGCCGCCGCCUCCCGCCAGCGAGGCUCCCCCUCCUCCCCCUCCGGGAUCGGGCUCUCCGCCACCUCCUCCGCCCGGCGGUAGCUACAGUGCUGUCCCUCCCCCUCCAGGACUGUGA